AUGCUGAGAUGAGACCACUCAUGCAACCGGAUCCAAUCUGUGCAUCAUGUCAUGGCUCAUUCGUUGAGAAGAUAGAGGAUCCAAGCGAUGAUCCUCGGGAAUAUCAGCAACAUGCUCCGAGAGGCUCCGACGACGAAAUGCCCCCGAAUUUAGGUGGCUUGCUAGCUGCAUUGUCGGGAAAUCGUCGACCUCGUUCACCUACCUUCCCUCGUAGCUCUGAGGGUGGAACGGGUGACAUCCGCUUUGAGUUUCAUAGUGGGCCCAGUGGUGCCACAAGAACCUUGUUUCUUGGAGGUCCCAACACCCUCAAUCGUCCACACUCUCCGGAGCAGCGCGAUCAUGAUGUCCCAACCAUGUCUGAGUUCCUGCGUCGUGAAAAUCAAAGUGAUCCACGACAGCCCGGUGACAUCACUGGUCCAAUGAUGGCCCAAUAUCUACUGGCUUUACUUGGACACGGUCCCAUCGGUAGAGGAAUGGACCCUUUUACAGAACUGUUCACCCUUGGUCCUGAAGGAGGGGGACCGAGUGGACGAUGGGGUGACUAUGUUUUUAAUCAAGAGGCAUUGGAUCAAGUGAUAACACAGAUAAUGGAAAAUUCGGCUGCACGGCCUGUUCCAGCAACAGAAGAAAUCAUCAACAAUCUCCAACGAGAAAUGCUUGUGGAACGAUCCCCAUUAUUAGAUAGAGAUUGCGCCGUAUGUAAGGAACAGUUUCAACUUGGAACUGAAGAUCCGGAAGAGCAGGUUAUCGUGACUCUUCCAUGCAAGCACCCAUUUCACCAGCCUUGUAUAUUGCCAUGGUUGAAAUCUAGUGGGACGUGUCCUGUUUGCCGGUAUGCUCUUAUAGAGCAAGCACAACCGGCGCGCUCACCAGGCAGCCCCCCGGGACCAGGAAGCGGCCCCAGUGUUCGCCCAACAAGUUCAUCUUCAGUUCCAUCACGUCCACGAUCGCCCGGGAACUCAGGUCGUAGUGGGACUGGUGGAGGAUUAUUCCAGUCAUUAUUUGGGGGAAGCUCGGGCAGCUCGAGAGCGGCCGGCGGUUCUUCAUUUCAGUUCAGGAAUUCAAGUUCAAGAGGAGCGCGUCGCGCGGGAAUGUCCAAUGAGUCCCCGGACAGUACGCCGUCUUUCCCUGGGCGCUGGGACGAAGAAACAGACUAAUAGUGCCUUGUCUUCGUUUGUCAGACCAUGCGCGGAACACCUCCGUUGAAUGGAAUCGACUUUUUAUGCAUUCUGUUUCAAGAAGUCCUGGUAGCCUAUCUAGAUAUGGACAUUCUUCUUUUUCCUUCUUGCAAGUUGUAAAUAUAAGCAUGUUAUCACAUCCAUAGUACUAAGUAGGAGUUGAUCACGGGGAAGUUGACGGUCCAGCAUAGGAUUACCUAAGCGUUGCCAGCGUCUGGGACGAGCUGCGGACGGAAAAUUCUGGGGACGGUCGAAAAUGUAGUUUCGUUGAGCUUCCUAUGCGUUUCCUGGGGUGCGAUCGCGCU